UGGAAAAUGAAAAUCACUGUGAUUUUGUUAAGCUCCGGGAUAUGCUUCUUUGUACAAAUAUGGAAGACCUAAAAGAACAAACCCACACCCAGCACUAUGAACGUUAUAGAUGCUGCAAACUGCAGAAAAUUGGCUUUAUUGAUAUAGGUCCAGACAACCAGCCAGUUAGUUUUCAAGAGAUCUAUGAAAUCAAAAGACAGGAGUUCUAUGAUCAAUGCCAGAGGGAAGAAGAAGAGUUGAAACAAAAGUUUAUGCAGCGAGUAAAGGACAAAGAAAUAACAUUUAAAGAAGCUGAAAAACAGCUACAGGACAAGUUUGAGCAUCUUAAAAGGGCCCAACAAGAGGAGACAAUAAAACUUGAGGAGGAGAAAAGACAAUUGGAAGAUAAAAUUAUAAGUUUUUAUAAAAUGAAGGCUGGCUCUGAAAUAUUGCAGACUCAGGUUUGCACCAAUAUAAAAAAGGACAAAGAUCGUAAGAAAUAG